AAAACCUUCUUGAAACUCGGGGCCUGUACCAAUUGGGAUCUUGGUUUGGAAAAUGACAGAAUUUCAGAUGGUGACAUAGCUGCUUCUUCUGAACGAAAUGCCAGGACACCAGCCAAGAAUGGUCGACUGAACUACACAUUAGGAUCAUCAUGGUGUGCAGGAACAAGUGACACUAUCCCAUAUCUACAGAUUGAUCUACAGACACUUCAUAUCAUCUGUGCUGUGUCCACUCAAGGGAAUUCUCGAGCAGAUCAGUGGGUGAAGAACUACAGACUACAGUUAUCAACAGAUGGGACAACUUGGACAGACUACAGGGAAGGUGGAAAGGUUAAGGUGUUCAUGGGAAAUGAUGACAGAAACUCACAAGUGAGGCAUGUUGUUUAUGGACUGCUGACGAGAUAUCUGCGAUUCCGACCACAGGCAUAUCAGGGUGGGAUGUGUAUGAGAACAGAGGUGUUUGGAGUGGAGCAAAAGCCAGCAUGUCAUAGUCCGGCCAUUGGUGUGGCUAGAAAUGAUGCAAUCCCAGACAGCAGUUUCUCAGCCUCAACACAUUAUAGUCGUUGGUAUACACCUUGGUUUGCUCGACUGAAGAGAAAUAAGUCGUAUGACCGUGGUUGGGCACCCAGAUCUACGGAUGAUCUUAAUGACUACCUACAAAUUGAUCUGCUGUAUGACUAUGUUAUCUGUGCUGUUGCUACUCAAGGAGCCAGGAAUAUUGAUGAGUGGACAACGAAGUACAAGAUUCAGUUAUCUUUGGAUGGUGCCACUUUUAACAUUUAUAAAGAAGACAACACUGAGAAGGUCUUUAAUGGUAACUCAGGCAGAAAUGACAUAGUAAAAAAUGAUCUGAGGGAGUAUGCAUUGGCAAGGUUCAUCCGCUUCGUGCCAACAGCGUAUCAUAAUUAUAAGGUAUUGAGAGUGGAGGUUUAUGGAAUACUCCUAUCUGCAGGUCCAUCACAAGUACCAGGUAACUUCACAGUGACUGCGAUCUCAUCUACCAGUAUAAGAGCAUCAUGGACAUCACUGCCAGAGUAUGCCAGACAUGGAACAAUAACAGGAUAUAAGUUGUAUUACAGACAGAAAGGGUCAGUGGACAAUUCACAUAUGGUGUCUAUUAGUGGAGGAGCAACAUCAACUAAAGAUGUCACUAAUCUUGAUAAAUAUACCAAAUAUGAGUUCCAAGUGUUGGCUGUUGGUCCUCUUGAUGAGGGACCAAAAAGUUUUGUUAAGGUUGAGCAGACACUGGAAGAUGCACCAAGCAUUCCUUCAAACCUUUUAGAAUCUGAGAUAAUGCCCGAUAAACCAGCUGGUCCAAAGAUAAAGCUUACUUGGCGUAAGCCAGCAGAAGAAAAUGGAAUUAUCAGGAGUUACACUGUGUUCUAUAGUCACAAUGAAGAUCCUCAUAACAUUCACACCGAAACCAUAGGAGAAAAUAUGUUAAGUUAUACAGUGGAUGUGUUAGGUGGGGUCACCUAUCAGUUUCACAUCAGAGCUGUGACUAUCAAACCAGGACCAAAUGCCACUGUGUCUGUUCAAACUAAUAAUUAUGAACCCAGUGUAGCACCUAAGGAUAUGUUUUUUAGUACACUAAACCAGACAACCUUCAAUAUUUCAUGGUCACCUCUGACAAGAAAAGAGAGUUAUAGCAAAGUUAUCUCAUAUGAGAUCAAGGCAUCACUUAAGUCCUCUGGAAGUCAACAAAAAAGGUCUCCAGACAACAGCAAAACUGUUAACACAACAAGAGCAUUUGUUAUCCUGUAUGAUGUUCAGCCUUGUUACAGUGUAUCUGUACGAGCAUAUACAGUAGCUGGUCCUGGACCCUCUAGUCAACCUUUACCACUGGAAACAUUGUCAGCAUGGGCACCCAACAACCUAGGAGCUACAGACUCUCAGUCAACAGAGCUGACACUGGAAUGGGAAAGACCCCAGACUGCUACUGGAGAAAACUGGAAGGUUGAGUACUCUGGGAAAAAGUUAUACAACAACAGCUUUUUACAUGAAGGCAGCAAAGAUGUACAGGGGACAACAAAAUGUACCCUAAAUAAUUUGGUACCAGGUACCAAAUAUAAGUUUCACGUUUAUGGAAUCUCAGAAUGUGGAAACAAGGGAUCCCCUACAUAUUUGGAGAAGGAAACAGAAAUAGGAGAGCCAUUGGCUCCAGUUGUACCAUCAUUGACCAUCAGGAAGGUUUCUGAGUCACAGGUUGAAGUUGAACUGUGGCCUGCAGAACAAAGGAAUGGUCCAAUAAGUGCUUAUCAAGUCAUUGUUCUGAGAGUUGUUGAUGGUGUUGAGACGCUUCCCGCUGAGUAUAAAUCACAGUUAGAGGAUUCAAACAAAGAUAGCCUGAACUUUUAUGUUGCUGCCGA